AUGUACAGAAUAGACGUUUCAGAUUUUUAUGACUUCCAAGCAUUCAGAAAUAUGUGUCCAUUUAGAGACUAUAACAAAGCAGUCGAGAAUUUGAAACGUUUAGUCAUUUAUGUUGACUCUGCCCCAGAAUGUUAUGUCAUGAAAGAAUGGGAUGUUGUCUUUAACAAACCAAGAGCAACAAUAGUUUCAGAACAAGAAUGUAGACAGAAACUUAAGAAAAUAAAAGUUGUACAAGUUGGUAUGAAGAUGUUAGAUGCUUGGGAUAUCUUAUUGUCAAAGUUAGAAGAUUUUUCAGUUCGAGGUAUAAAGUUCUAUACACCUUCUCCAAACUUCUAUUCUAUCUUCACUGGAUAUAAAUACGAACAAGUAGAAUGGAAAGAAAAUGUUAUAGAAGCUUGGUUAGACCAUGUCAAAGAAAUUAUAUGCAAUGGAAACGAAAGAGUCUAUGAGUAUAUCUUAUGUUGGUUUGCAAACAUCUUACAACAUCCAAGUGCUAAAAAUGAAACUGCUCUCAUUAUAAUUGGAAAACAAGGAACUGGUAAGAACACUUUCUUUACAGAUAUCUU